GAAUUGUGGCACAGUGACAUCAUAAAGUGAAUUUAAGUAAAGGUAGGUGCGCCCUCACACGACAUAAGUAGUUGUUGCAUAAGAAAGUCGACGAAAUGGCUGCUAUCGGUACUCUUGUUAAAAAUGCACUGCAAAAGUCAUCAAUAUCAAAAUUGGGGCAUGGCAGGGUAGCUGGAGCUCGUUCAUUUCACUUUAAUAACUGGAGCUUAUCGUCAGAAGAUGCAACUUCAUCAACCAAAAUAUCUAGGGAUUAUCCAGUCGUUGAUCACACAUAUGAUGCAGUGGUUGUUGGUGCUGGUGGGGCAGGCUUACGAGCGGCAUUCGGCCUAGCCCAUGAGGGAUUCAAAACCGCUUGCAUCAGUAAACUCUUCCCAACCAGGUCACAUACAGUUGCAGCUCAGGGUGGUAUUAAUGCUGCUUUGGGAAACAUGGAACCAGAUGACUGGAGAUGGCAUAUGUAUGAUACAGUGAAAGGUUCUGAUUGGCUAGGUGACCAGGAUGCCAUACAUUACAUGACAGAAGAAGCUCCGAAGGCUGUUAUUGAAUUAGAAAAUUAUGGAAUGCCGUUUAGCAGGACUGAAGAAGGUUUGAUAUACCAAAGAGCAUUUGGAGGCGGUAGCUAUGAUUAUGGAAAGGGUGGCCAGGCCCAUAGAUGCUGCUGUGUAGCAGACAGGACUGGGCAUUCUUUACUGCAUACUUUAUACGGACAGUCAUUACGAUACGAUACCAAUUACUUUAUAGAGUACUUUGCCUUAGAUUUACUCUUUGAUAAAGGAGAAUGCGUUGGAGUCAUUGCACUUUGUCUAGAAGAUGGCUCAAUUCAUCGCUUCAGGUCAAAGAGCACCAUUAUAGCUACAGGGGGCUAUGGCCGUGCAUACUUCAGUUGUACCUCUGCACAUACUUGCACAGGUGAUGGUACUGCCAUGAUCAGUCGAGCUGGUCUUCCAAACCAAGACCUAGAGUUUGUACAGUUCCAUCCUACUGGUAUUUAUGGAGCUGGUUGCUUGAUCACUGAAGGUUGCAGGGGUGAGGGCGGUAUAUUAAUAAAUAGCGAAGGUGAACGGUUUAUGGAGAGGUAUGCCCCAACUGCUAAGGACUUAGCAUCGAGGGAUGUUGUCUCAAGAUCAAUGACAAUUGAGAUCAGAGAGGGCCGUGGUGUUGGGCCAAAUAAAGAUCAUGUGUACCUUCAACUCUACCAUCUUUCACCAGAACAGCUAAAGACCCGAUUGCCUGGUAUCUCUGAGACUGCUAUGAUCUUCGCUGGAGUAGAUGUCACAAAGGAACCGAUCCCUGUCUUGCCCACUGUCCACUACAACAUGGGAGGAAUCCCCACCAAUGUCAAAGGAGAGGUAAUAUAUUACGAGAAUGGAGAAGACAAGGUAGUACCGGGAUUAUACUCUUGCGGAGAAUCUGCCUGCGCAUCUGUUCACGGAGCAAACCGUCUUGGGGCUAAUUCACUUCUAGAUCUGGUGGUUUUUGGUAGAGCAUGUGCGCUGACCAUUGCUGAUAAACACAAACCAGGGGAGAGCAUUCCAGAUAUCAAGCCAAAUGCUGGAGAGGAAUCCGUGGCCAAUCUGGAUAAGAUUAGAUACGCCGAUGGGUCUCUACCGGUGGCUGAGGUCCGUGCCAACAUGCAAUGGGUGAUGCAAAAUAAUGCCGCAGUGUUCCGUACCGGAGACAUCCUAAAGGAAGGUGUUAAUAAAAUUGACGAUGUCUACCAACAGCUGAAAGAUAUUAAAUUGUAUGACCGAGGCAUUGUGUGGAAUACUGACCUUGUCGAAGCCCUUGAGUUGCAAAAUCUUCUUCUGAACGCCGCACAGACAAUGCAUUCUGCCGAAAACCGAAAGGAAAGUCGUGGAGCCCAUGCACGAGAAGACUUUCCAGAUCGUAUUGAUGAGUAUGAUUAUGCUAAACCCCUUGAAGGUCAACAGAAACGGGCUUAUGACCAGCACUGGAGAAAACACACAUUAGUACAUAUGGAUAAAGACACAGGAAAGGUUAAGUUGGAGUAUAGACCAGUCAUAGAUGAGACGUUAGACCAGGAAGAUUGCGCCACAGUUCCACCUGCUGUCAGGUCAUACUAGAUAGACUACCUCAACAACAACCCAAACUUUAACCCUGAAUGUCCUCUGAGUGUGUCACCUAUUGCCAUGACAAACAUCUUAAACUGCUAAACAAUUUGUCGUACUUAAAAUGAGAAUGAGAAACGAUCAUUGAUGUCUAUUAUGUGUGGGGUCAUAGUUCAGUUUUUGAUGUCAUGUGUCCAAGCCACCUGGUUACUUUGUAAGACUGGCGAAGUUCAAUUGAGGUAAUUUCAUUGAAACUGAUUCAAAAUGGCUAAUUCAAGGUUUUAGGCAGACAAGAAUUACCUAGCAGUCCAUAUGAGAAAAUUUAUUGUACACUGUAUGUGUGACGGAUACGGUCAUGAUUUAAUGACGAUGCUCUAAGCAAUCUAAGUAUAGUAAUGUUCUGCGUUGGCGUGUUAGUGAAUAUGUUUUGUCUUAUUUUAUAAUUCUGUAUGCAUGAUAAGGGUAGGGCAAUUAUCAUGCUUGGGAGUAUAACUUUAUUUGAGUUUUGAUAAUUUGAUUUCAAAAUUUGUAUUGUAAAAACCCAUAAAAAUUUACUGGUUUUGCUAAUACUAUAAUAUGGUAUUUUCUUUCACGGUUUUGUAAACAUUGUAUGGCUGUAAUGCACUGUUGGUAGCUGUAAACGUUUCCUCUAGAUGGCAGUAGAUAAUGGCGGACAGGUCCUCUACCUGAUGUGGACACUCUUUCUCUGCUACCAUCUAGAGGACAACAAGGCAACCACAAAUUAAUAGUUCAUUGCAGCAUAGACAGUGCUCACAGUAAUGUGGAUAACAUAUAUUGGCAAAACUAGUGAGUUUAUAUUGGUUUAUGGUUACAAUUUUGUAAAAUCAAUUAUUAGUAAAUAAUGAUUUUGGAAAACUGAAAUUGAAAAAAUAUCUGUGUGUUUGUAUUAUUAAAACCUGCAAAAGGUACAAGACUAUUCCCAUAACAAACACACAUCAUAUACUGUAUGUUAUUGGUAUUAUAUAAUAUCCGAUCCAAAUUACGGUACGAGUUUCAUUGUUUACCAUUUCAAUAACAAAUUAGACUUUAGAAACACUUCACUUUUGUUGCAUUGUGGCAUCACUAUUGGAUUGUUUUCUAAUAUUUUGUCUUAUAAUAUAAUUUAUAGAGAGAUAAUUAAAGAUAAGUAAAAUUUAUGAAUAAAAUUGAAAUGAUGGUGUGUGUA